CCCCACCUGCACGCGCGGGCAACCCUUCGGCCAUGCUUUUCUCCCUGAGGGAGCUGGUGCAAUGGCUCGGCUUUGCCACCUUCGAGCUCUUCCUCCACCUGGGAGCGCUGCUGGUCUUCAGCGUGCUGGUGGCCCUGCGCGCCGACUGGCUCUACGGCGGCAUGAACUGGUGGCUGGUCUUCGUGCCGCUCUUCGCCGCCGACGGCCUCAGCACCUACUUCACGGCCAUCGUGUCCAUCCGGCUGUACCAGGAGGGCGAGCGGCGCCUGGCGGUGCUGCGGCUGCUCUGGGUGCUGACGGUGCUCAGCCUGAAGCUGGUGUGCGAGGUGCUGCUGUGCCAGAAACUGGCCGAGCAGGAGCAGGCCCGAGACCUGUGGUUCGGCCUCAUCGUCUCCCCACUCUUCAUCCUACUGCAGCUGCUCAUGAUCCGCGCCUGCCGCGUCAACUGAGGGGGGGGGGCCGCCACAGACGCUCCACACACUGCACGCUUCGGGGGUGGGGGGAGUUGUAAUUAGCACUCGGGUGUAAGUUACGAACUGAUCCCAGGACGCCCAGCUCGACGGAUCUGCCGGCUUCUUCGACCGCAGCGCCCAUGCCGACACGUUACUGCGGGUUAUUGGUUAAAUCCCGCGCCAACCGUGAUGGAUGGAUUAGACAAACUGACCGCUGGACACUCCGGCCCCAACAGGCACUCCUUCCUGCAGCCUCUGCUCCUGCAGCUAAUGUCCGUCACGCUCGCUGCAAGCAGGCCAUGCAAAGCUCUCUCUCCCUCCAGGGCUGUGGCGUCCCUGUCAAUCAAUAUGAGUACGGUCCCUCCCACUGUCUCAUCUUGCAGGCAUUAGCCAGCGUCCUCUGCACUCGCGUUCGGCCGAACCGCCACAUUUUGUACCAUCACUCUCUGUGUAAUCAAGGACGGACACAGGAAAAUGCAUUCCCUUCACAAGUACUGUAAGCUGUAAAAAAAUAACCGGCCUGUCUUUGGCAACUGUACUUUUCUAUGUGAACCUCGGCUGAUGUUAUUUGUGAAGCGUCGUGCACUGUGUUUUCUAUAUCAGAGGUGUUCUAAACACGUUGAAGGUGUGUGUGAGGUGUUUCUCCCCCAGGUUUUUAUCCGCCUGAUAAAGCUUGUGUGUAAGGUUUUAUUGUAUCCUUAGUAAUGAUGUUGCUGAUGCUAAUGGUUAAGAGAAAAGAGAGAGAGAGAGAGUUUUCAUUUGCACUGUCCCAUUUUAAAUGGCCCUGGCUGUGUAGGGUGGUGCGUGAGGGGGACAGUCCACACUUUGCCCUUGUUGCCUCUCA